UUUUAAUUUCAGUUGGUCAUAUCUUGUCUCAGCGUCACAUCGCUGCAUCAGAUCCCUAUCAUCAAUCUUAUUACCUAUCCCUUUCUCCUAAAGCAGUGCCCUGUGAAGGAUGGGACUCUUGCUCUCCGUAUUUAUAUCAUACGUGGGUUUCCAUGAAGCUUUAGAGUGCAUGAAACAUAUAAUUAGUGGAAUAGUACCCGAUACUGAUCCGGACUUCAGCGAUCUCGUUGAAUAUUACACGCUACUGCUCCAAAAGACAGCGAACACGCCGCCGCCCCGAGACUGGACGAAUGAAUGCGGUCAAGGCUACCUCUGUCUGACCGAAGAUAAACAAGGAAUUUUAAAGUCCGCCGCUGUCAAAUUCUACGAACGUCAACCCAACUCCACUGCCAUAUUAUUUUCUACUAAAAUAUCUAGCUUCGGUCAAGAUUCAUUUGACGAAAAUUCACAAGCCAACGGUGAUUAUAGAAUAGAACGAAUUCCGACUAAAACGAAAACAAUCAUAACUGACACAUCAGAAUCAUUUAGUGUUGGACAGAAAAACAAAUCUCCUACAAAUUCAGAACAUGUUCCAGAUGAAAAUGAAGGAAUUAAUAAAGAAAAACUUACAUGGGAAUACAAACCAAAAACCCCUCCUCCGUCACCACUACCUGAAAUACUAUUCCAACCAUACAGUGGUGACAAAAAUGGAGAAGUAGCUUACAGCGAAGAGUUUUUAAGAUCACUUGACGGAAUUAAAUUCCGUCCUCUUCAGCGAAGCGAUCCGAGUUUUAGGCGGAGAUCUUUCAGGAAGCGUGCCUCUUCCUCUUCGAAUUCUUCUAGAGAAUCUCGGGCGUCCCGAGAAGAAGAGUUAAAAAUGUUUACGUCGCUCGAGGAAGCCGAAUUCAAAAACAUGAAUAGGGACCAAAAUUACAGCGGAUUUGGAAGUGCUCCUAAUUUAGCAGCGCGUUCUUAUUCCAGAAGUCGAUCGAGAGAAAAAUCGAGGGAAAGGAGAAAUGAGAGCCCGAUUCCUGAGGCUAAUUUCGACAACACAGUUGAUGGUGAAAGGCUAAGUGAGGCAAAAAUCAAAGAGGUGCCUAAACUGUCUUCAUUAGAAAGAGAUGAAUCGAAAGAAAUGCCAGAGCUUAUUUUCAGCGGCGAAUACACCAAGGCGAUGAACAAGGACUGGCACAGUAGUCACUUCUGCUGCUGGCAGUGUGAUGAAUCACUCACUGGACAGCGCUACGUGCUAAGGGAGGAGCAUCCCUACUGCAUCAAGUGCUACGAAAGCGCAUUUGCUAACGGCUGCGAGGAAUGCAACAAGACCAUCGGAAUCGAUUCUAAGGACUUGUCGUACAAAGACAAGCACUGGCACGAGGCUUGCUUCCUCUGCGCCAAGUGCCGCGUGUCGCUGGUGGACAAGCAGUUCGGCUCCAAACUCGACAAGAUCUACUGCGGCAACUGCUACGACGCCCAGUUCGCAAGCCGGUGCGAUGGCUGCGGCGAGGUCUUCCGUGCUGGAACCAAGAAGAUGGAGUACAAGACGAAGCAGUGGCACGAGAAGUGUUUCUGCUGCGUAGUGUGCAAGAACGCGAUUGGCACCAAGAGCUUCAUCCCUCGUGAGCAGGAGAUCUACUGCGCUGGCUGCUAUGAAGACAAAUUCGCCACUCGCUGCGUCAAGUGUAACAAGAUCAUAACGCAAGGCGGUGUGACAUACAAGAACGAGCCGUGGCACCGCGAGUGCUUCACGUGCACGAACUGCAACACGUCGCUCGCGGGCCAGCGCUUCACGUCCCGCGACGAGAAGCCGUACUGCGCGGAGUGCUUCGGGGAACUGUUCGCGAAGCGCUGUACUUCAUGCUCCAAGCCCAUCACUGGCAUCGGCGGCACUCGCUUCAUCUCGUUCGAGGACCGUCACUGGCACAACGACUGCUUCAUCUGCUCGCAGUGCAAGACGUCGCUGGUCGGCAAGGGCUUCAUCACCGACGGCCCCGACAUCAUCUGUCCCGAGUGCGCGAAGCAAAAGCUCAUGUAAAUACAUCGCUUUCUCUAACGCUCCCAUAAUCUCAUACGCGACUAUUCGGACAUAACCAGAUCUUCCUAGACGGAUAUUGCCACCUAGUUGUCACAUAUUUCCAUCCUCUCAACAUGCGACUAUUCGACCAUAAUCACCAGGUCUUCCCAAAAACGGAUAUCGCCAAUGUGCCACCUAAUCGCGAGAUCUUUAAAACCCUAACGGACGUUGCCAUGACAGCUUCGCUUUUGUCGUGACUAACUUCGGACUAAAGUUUUUGGUGUUGUGCAGCGAUAAGACCGUCCUACCGAUAGUCAAAAGCGCGAGAGACUGGAGCACGUUCAGAAGGCAGGACAUGCCCAGCGACCAACUUUUCGACCUUGCCGACAAAACAAACUUUCGUAAGGUCAACCUUUAGUCACUCGUUACUUCAAGUUGUUGACGAUAUUUUUAUACAAAAACGAGAAAAAUCACAAAAAAAUAUAUAUAUAUAUAACUAUAUGUAUGUGAAUGCACAAAUAAAAUAUCUAAUUUCGCUUUUUUUACUCGAUUAUUACUUAAGGUGUUUAUAUAUUUUGUUUUAAUUAUUGUUACUAAUAAAGGCCGUCUCGACCUGUAUUUAUAUAUUUAUAGGUGACAGUGUAUUAUUUAAUUAUGCUAAUUGCCAUAUAAUUUCGCUUUGGCUGUUGUAUUAGUCCCGUAGGUAUGACUUAUACGAGUAUUUGUCAAUUUACCUAGUGCAAUUCACACGAUGCCUUAAUAACAUAUCUAAGUCAAUAUCGAGAAUAUUUUGUUGUAAUCAUUAUUAUAUAUGCGAAAACAAAGCGAACUUAAAACGCCUGGUGUCGCCAGACGCUUUCAAGUUGUUUUAUGAUUAUAACUGUUAAGUGCUUGUCAUUGUUUAAACUGCGUAACAUAGUUUAAGUAUAUUUAAUAAAAUUAUCGACAAAUUAAUGUAUGUUUAUAUUAUUUAAGUAUUUAUUUACGAGUACACACUUACGUAAGUGAUCGCCGAUGGUCCGUAGAAUCUCAAAUCCAACAUGAGAUUUAACACGUCAAUGUUGCCAUACUUUCCAUCGGACGAUAGCUUCCUAACAUUAUUAAGUGACCUCGAGUCGUCUAGUUACUAAUAAAAUAAAUAAAAAAUAAAAUAUUUUUGUUCUCUAAGGGGAACCGCUCGUUACAAUAAUGUAAACGAAUGUUAUAUCUAUUUUUAAAUGAUAAUAUUGUUUUAGAUGUAGACUUGUACUUUAAGAGCGUAACAUCUGUGUUUUGAGAUCGCUGUUGCGGAAUGACCACGACAUGUCAGGGGAACACUUUGUAAGGGUAAUCGUUAAGGGUUAAAUUAUUCAAAUAUUUAAAAUAUUAUUAAUUUAUGAUUAAUAUACACUUUGAAAUUGCUUAGUUGUGUGAUCUGAUCUAAUAAUAAUUCUUAUAUCUAUCCAUAGAUUGUAUAAACAAUGAAAUUGAAUUAAAUGAUCGAAAUAA